AUGCAGCCGAUGGCGCUGUCGGAGCUGACGGGCGAUGACGACAUUCGACUUGCAAGGCUGGAGGAUCACAACGAACACGACACAACCCCCGUGCGGUUGAGCGAUAAUGAAACCAACUGGGAUACCAAAGAAGGCUGGGUGGUGGUGGCAGCCGGAUCAGCCAUUUUCUUCGUCUUCCUUGGCUUGAUUUAUUCCUACGGCAUUGUGCAGCUUCACCUCACCGAGUCGCGCCUUGCCAGCAUCUCGACAUUGUCCUUUAUCGGUUCCGUUGGGGCAGCCAUGUCGCCGCUUCUUGGCAUGAUUGUAGCGCGAAUCAUCAGGCUUGUAGGUUACAGGGUCACUGCCCUCAUCGGAAGCCUAUUCCUGGGACUUGGCGAAUUCACCGCAGGCUGGUCCACCAAGUCUGUGCCCGCCAUGUUUGUCACCCAGGGGUUCUUGUUUGGCAUAGGAUGCUCCAUGUUAUUCUUGCCUGCGGCCACAGUGCCAUCGUUGUGGUUCAAGAGGAAGCGAGGCCUGGCGACCGGUGUUGUCUUUGGCGGUGCUGGCAUUGGAUCUGCCGUCAUCUCCAUAUCCAUGGAAAAGCUGAUUGGAGUCGUGGGGCUCGAGUCGGCUUUGAAGAUUCUUGGAGCUCUUGCGUGGGCAAUUUGCAUCACGGCGUCGUACUUCCUGAAAGCGCCUGCUGGACGCGGACGCGCUGUUUCAAGCGUCCAAUGGCGUCUUUUCCGUAGCGUCAAGUUCAACAUGAUGCUCGUCAUGGGAGCAAUUGCCACGUUUCCUCUGUUUGUGCCCCCCUUCCUACUCCCACUUUACGUUGCGAAUAUCGGAUUUUCUGGCCAGGCCGCCGCUGCCGUUGUUGCAUGCUGGAACAUUGCCUCUGCCCUGGGCCGUAUUGGCAUGGGCUUUGGGGCAGACGCUUAUCUCGGUCCUGUAAACAGCCUGCUCCUCUCGCUCACUGUCAUUGGUGUUAGCGCUAUGGCACUCUGGCCAUUUGCGUCUUCACUGGGGCUUCUGGUCUUUUUUGCCGUCUUGAAUGGAAUCGGUUCUGGUGGCUUCUUCAGUCUAAUGCCUGUGGUUGUCGGAGCGGUUUUUGGAGACAGCCAACUUGCAAACGUCAUGUCUAUGCUGACAACUUCAUGGACUUUUGGGUACUUUAUGGGAUCGCCUAUCGCUGGCUACUUGUUGGAUGCUUAUGGUGGCGCAGAGGCUGGACUCGCCGCGUUUCGGCCCACGUUCUUUUACGCUGGGUCCUUGACACUUGCAAGUGCGGGUUUAAUUUUGGCAGUUCGCUUGAUGAUGAACAGGAAGAUGUUUGCCAGAGUGUAG